GUUUUCGUCCAUGUUUUUCCGUCGAGUUGUGGGUGCGGCCUUGACCGCCGCCGUGGCCGUGACCGCACAGAACGUAUGCUGCAGUUCAUGCCUCAACUCAUUCCCGCUGACAUCGUACGACCCCUCGGUGUGGUCCAUCUGCUCCACGGCCCCAAAGCCCAACCCUGGUUGCUGCUUUUGUGAUAAGGACCAGACGAUCUCGCAACCCGCAUUCAAGCAAACCAUGAAGGCCGGGUCGACGCAGUAUUUGACGUUUCCAGGCGUUGAAAAGGUCACGUUCUCCUUCGUUCUGGACACGACGAAACCAUUUCAGCAUCCCAAACCGAGCGGAACACCGUUCACCAAGAACGCGGCCGGCAACUACGUUGUUUGUAUCGACACUCCCGGCACGCUGUACUUUCGCGGGUGGGGCAAAGAACUCAACAACUACCCGAAAGAGUGCACGCAAAUGACGUCCGAGUUGACCAUCACUGUCACCGAAGGCGACAAGGGGGUGACCUGCGAUGGGUCUACUCCCGACAAAGGCGGCAGCUCCACUCCGGCUCCAACAGGCAGCGACGGCAAGGAAGUGCCGUGCAAUCUCCAGCGCGGCAGUGUCAUCGACGGUGUGUGCGUAUGCGCGUCGGAUUACUCUGGUGCCCCUGAAUGCACCGGGUCGUCGUCGUGGAAGUGGAUUGUGUCGAUUUGUGGUGGCAUUGCUGCACUUCUCUCGAUCGGGAUUUCCGUCCGCCAGAUUCUCUUGUUUCGCAAGAAAAAGGCCGAGGACAAGGAGCGCGAAGAUGCCAUGGCAAAGUUGGAUACAGUUGAAGUCGUGAAUGUGUCGCAUGGCCACGAGCCCGACUACUAUAACGCUGGUCAAGCUGUAGCGAAGGCACCUCGCCGUAGUCCGGCUGGCCCGACCCGUAGUCCCGCCCAGAACAUGCCGCCAAAGCCAGACAGUCUACAGCCGUACCCCGUCGCUCGUGGAGGCAAUGGAAACUUGUCUCCUCGCCACAGCCGAGAGUACACGUUGUAGGCAGUGCACUUGCAGCAGUACGAACAAAAACAUGCCCUCAUUAUCUUACUUUGGC